UGACAUUUUGCGAAUCGGCUUUAUGCAGUGAAGUUGCAGUGCUAAUGUGCUGAAAACAAAACAAUAAGAUGUCUGAUGAAAAUGAGGGCCAACAAGGCCCUAAAAGCACCUUUUCGACUUACAUGGCAGAGGGUGAUCAACUUUACCACAAAGGAGAGUACUUGAAAGCAAUCGAGAGUUACACCACGGCAUUGAUUUUGCAGCCUGAUGACAAGAACUGCCUCGUGGCUAGAUCCAGAUGUUACGUGAAGAUUGGAGACCCAGAGAACGCAUUGCGAGAUGCAGAGAAUUCCCUCAGGGAAGACAAAGAAUUUUUCAAAGGAUUGUACCAGAAAGCAGAAGCUCUAUAUACGAUGGGGGACUUUGAGUUCUCACUGGUCUUUUAUCACAGAGGGCACAAGCUGAGACCUGAACUGCAGGGCUUCAGACUGGGCAUUCAGAAGGCACAAGAGGCAAUCAACAACUCAGUGGGGAGUCCAUCCUCUGUUAAACUUGAGAACAAAGGUGACCUUUCUGCUUGGAAACCUGAUGAGAUGAAGAAGUCGCUAGCAAAGGGCCCGAUCGCUCCUUACAAGGAGCGCAGACUGCAGACGCAGAAGACCCCCAAGACGGAGCGGACUGCCAAGCAGCUGCUGGGAGAGCUGUACAGUGACAGGGAGUACCUGGAGAAGCUGCUCAGAGAUGACGACCUGGCGAAAGGCAGGACGAGUGGCGGUGAGCGUCUGCAGGACAUCAUCCUGACCUGCAUCUCCUACUUGGACACGCGCACCGAGUUCUGGCAGCAGCAGAAGCCCAUCUACGCUCACCAGCGUGACCGCAAGCUCAUGCAGCAGCAGCGGAAGCAGGCGCGGCCCGUCUCUGACAACACCCCGCAGGUCAUCACCAACAUGGACCAGAUCGAGAACGGCAAUCCUCAAGAAACCCUGAAGAAGGCCAGUGAAGCGCUGAAGGUAGUGCAGAAGUGGACGGAGGUUCCCAAUAAGGCAGAAGUGCUGGGAAACCUCCACAGCCUCAUAGGUAAUGCCCUCAUUGACCUUGGAGAUAUGGACAAGGCCCUGGUCCACCAUUAUAAAGACUUGGAGCUAGCAAAGCAGAGUAAUCAGCUAGAUCCCAAAUCAAGAGCGCUGGACAACAUCGGCCGUGUCUACGCUCGUAUUGGCAAUUUCCAGAAGGCGAUAGAGGCCUGGGAGGAGAAGGUCCCGCUAGUCCAGGACGGCCUGGAGAGCGCCUGGCUGUUCCACGAGAUCGGCCGCUGCUACCUGGAGCUGAAGCAGCACGAGAAGGCGCAGGAGUACGGCACCCAGUCCCUCAACGCCGCCACCAACAUCUGUGACGACAAGUGGCAGCUCAACGCCAAUGUGCUCAUCGCACAGGCUGAAUUGGAACUGGGAAACUUUGACUAUUGCAUUGGUCAUUUUGAGGAUGCGCUUGAUAAAGCAAAAAUCCUGCAAGAUGACCCAGCAAGGAAGGCAAUUCAGAAGGCCCUUUGUGAAGCUAAAGAACGUGCAGCCAAAUGAUCUGAUGUCAGGAUGGCUGACGGAGCUUCUAAGGAUAAGUUCACCUGAAGAUAAAUUCAUCACUGGAACUGACUUAAUAAACAUACAUAAUGCA